CUGCCAGAUGCGUGCCGGCAAGCGGGGUGCCUGGCACAACACGGCGCGGCUGGUGCUGGCCCUGGCUGGUGCCAACCCCUGGGGCUGUGGCUCCCCUUGUGCCCCAGAGCCUCCUCCUACGGGGGGGUUCUGGCUCCUCGGGGUCUUUAUCGCAGCAGCUGCGCAAGCAUCGAGGUGCAGGGAGGUGGGUGGAGGGGCCUUGAGAUAAGGCGGCAGACACAACAUCCGUGGCGUGGGGCGGGGGGACCCCCCCCCUCCCAGCCUUCUUAAACAGUACAGUCCCCUUGGCCGGCACUGCCUGCUCAUGGAGAAAACUACAGUGCUGAUCACAGGCUGCUCUUCAGGCAUCGGCCUGGGGCUGGCUGCACGCCUGGCGGCCGACACCGCUCGCAGGUUCAAAGUAUACGCCACCAUGCGUGACCUGGCCAAGGGCGAGCGGCUGCUGAAGCGCCUUGGGGGCUGCUGCCCCGACACACUGGAGGUCCUGCAGCUCGACGUCACUGACCCGUGCUCGCUGGCAGCCACUGCGCAGCGGGUGCAGGGGCAGCGGCUGGACGUGCUGGCAGUCUGCAAUGCGGGGGUGGGACUGAUGGGCCCCCUGGAGACCUGCUCCGACCAAGCCAUGAAGACCAUCUUCGACGUGAACCUCUUUGGGGCCAUCCGCACCAUCCAGGCAUUCCUGCCCGCCAUGAAGCGCCGCAGGGCUGGGCGGAUCAUCGUCUCCAGCAGCAUCGGGGGGCUGCAAGGUGGGACCUGGCCCUGCUGCAGCAGGAAGCCCGGCACCCUGUGGCAUGGGGAGCCACAAGGAAGGGACCCAGUGCUCAGGGUGCGGCUCUGCCCCAGGGCUGCCCUUCAACUCUGUGUACUGCGCCAGCAAGUUUGCGGUGGAGGGGCUGUGCGAGAGCCUGGCCAUCGUCCUGCGGCCCUUCAACAUCCACCUGACACUGGUGGAGUGUGGACCCGUCAACACCAGCUUCCUGGCCAACCUGCAGCGCCCGGACCCCGAGGGCAGCGAGCUGCAGGGCCUGGACGCCGAGACGCGUGGCCUCUACCACCGGUACCUGCGGCACUGCCAGAGCCUCUUCCACGACGCGGCCCAGGAGGUGGAAGAGGUCCUGCAGGUGUUCGUGGAGGCCAUCGGGACCCCCUGCCCUCCCCUGCGCUGCGUCACCACCCAGCUCUUCGCCCCGCUGUCGCGCCUGCGGCUGGCCAGCCCCGACGGCUCCGCGUACGUCCGGGCCAUGCACGACUUCGUGUUCGGCCGCGGUGAGGCCGGCGGGGACAAGCCCUGAGCAGAGCCGCCGUCGGCCCGGGGGAGCCGCGCUGCCGUGCGGACCGCCCCCCGCCCCGGCCCUGCGGUGUCCCUCCCGGCCGGGGCGGGGGGGGGGGGGGUGUCUCGGUCCCACCGUGUCGCCAAUAAAGCCCUUUGCAGCCGCCCGGCUCCCGGCUCCGUCCC